AUCAUAACUAUAUUCAACAUGCAGAAGUUUGUUUUGAUUAUUGUUUGUGCUGUCGCUAUAACAGCGAUGGUGCAAGCCAAAUCAUCCUCAUAUGGUAAUGGUGGAUAUGGAGGCAGUAAUGGCGGUCGUUUUGGUGGCAAUAACGUUGAAGUGAAAGGCUGGGACAUUGGUGAUGAUGGCGGUUUUGGCGGUAGUCACGAUGGCGGUUUCGGCGAUAGUAACGUAGAAACUAAAGGCUGGGACAUUGGUGAUGACGGCGGUUUUGGCGGUAGUCACGGUGGCGGUUUCGGUGAUAGUAACGUAGAAACUAAAGGCUGGGACAUUGGUGAUGAUGGCGGUUUUGGCGGUAGUCACGAUGGCGGUUUCGGCGAUAGUAACGUAGAAACUAAAGGCUGGGACAUUGGUGAUGAUGGCGGUUUUGGCGGUAGUCACGGUGGCGGUUUCGGCGAUAGUAACGUAGAAACUAAAGGCUGGGACAUUGGUGAUGAUGGCGGUUUUGGCGGUAGUCACGGUGGCGGUUUCGGCGAUAGUGACGUAGAAACUAAAGGCUGGGACAUUGGUGAUGACGGCGGUUUUGGCGGUAGUCACGGUGGCGGUUUCGGUGAUAGUAACGUAGAAACUAAAGGCUGGGACAUUGGUGAUGAUGGCGGUUUUGGCGGUAGCAACGCUGACGGUUUUAUUGGUGGAAACGGUGGCGGUCACUAUUUUGGUGAUCAUGGUAAAGGAACGGGAAAUGUUAACGAAGUACACAAGAAGCCCGGAGGGGUAACUGUGGAAAAAAAGAAAAUAACGAAAACAAAAGAAAAGAAAAACCUUUAUUUUAAUCUUGUGCCACACCUAACACUAUGGUAGUGCCUCUACCUCGUUGUGAUACCUCGACCACUUAGACAAGUCAAGACCAAAAGUAGUAUGUAAUACCAAAAGUGAGCAAAAAAAUAAUUAAAUAUAUAUAACAUUAACAUCAUAAAAAAACUACAAGUAUAAUUUAACGAAAACUUACAAUUAAAUUUAUUUAAACAAAA